AGGACGGUGGAAGGUAACAGCUGAACACGAAUCUCGAGCUAACGGCUAGCAAAGGCAAUAGACUUGGGUGUUUAUUGAUUGAAAGGGGGGAAUUUAUACAUUUGACAUUCGAAAGGGAUAUUUGUCUAUCUAGCGAUCUCUCCAAAAGAUAGGCUAUCUGCAUUGUAACUUGGAGGUAACUUGUUAUGUUAGCAAGUUAGCUAACCACUUGCUACUGCUAACUAGUGCGUUGGCUAGCCAGUUUGCUAACGUUGGCUAAUUUACCCAACCGGCUAGAAUUUUAAGACUGGUACACCUAGCUAUCCAUUAUGGUUAUCAAGCCCACCAGCUGACCAUCAAAAUAUGAAUCGCGUUAUUGUAGUUAGCCAGUCAUAGCUAAUAUAACUUAGUUACUUUCUCUUGCGCGUUAGUGCCAAGUUAUUUUAAUGAAAUAUUUCGUUGUCAUUGAUGGUUGCAGAUUUAUUCCUACAAUAUAACGUUGGUAGGCAAAGUUUUGUCCUAGCUUGCUAGCUAACGGUAAUCUUCUAGUCUUUGCCUACCGACCAAUUACUACACGUACGACAGCUAGAUUACAGCUAGCAAACUAGACCAUUUCGUAAUUUUUUUACCAUUUACGCCCGAGGCAUCCGAGCACUAUUAAUGUAAUUCAUAGUUAUUAGCUCGGUGGCUAGCGAUGUUACUUGGAAAAGCAUCCAUUUUGAGAUUGAGACAUGAUGGACCAGAAAGCUGCCUAACUAAUUCGUUAAGGUCAAACUAUGCAUGUAGGCAUACCUCCGGCGUGGAGUGUUGAAUUGCCUAGAAGCUUAAAUUCAUUAUUUCAGAAUCAAGAUAAUUUGACGUAUAGUUUUGUUUCCUGUUUGGCGAUAGGGAUUUAGACCUCCUCUUCCUCUGUCCUCGAUGCCAACAAAACAGCCGUCGAAGAAGCAGACGAAAAGAGUGCACUCGUAAGUGCAUAUCAAAUUAAACCUUUAAAUUGUUUGGUAAUUCCUUAUUGCAAAUGCAUGUGUUGGCUUUUAUUAUUAUAAUGCACGCAGGAUAUAUUUGAAUCCGUUUUCUUAUAGUUAAACAAUCUCAAUUGCAUUUGGAAUAGUCUCAAAAUAUACCUCUAAACUAGCUGGCCUGUAAUAUCACUAACGCUAACGUUAGGUGGGUAGCUUGCUAGCUAGUUAGCAUCAGUUUGCCCCUUGAGUUAGCUGUCGCAGAGUGCUGGAUAGAAACAAAUUCCCAUGUAAAAAGUAAAUAGCCAGCCAGACAACGUGCAUUGUUGUAGCUGGCUAGCAAUUUCUGCUCUGCCUCGUAAACUUCGUGGGGAAUCUCGGGUCUAGGACGUGGUCUACAACACCUACUAGGCCUUACAGUUUGCAUGAUAAAAGUUAUGGUAAGAUAUCAGAUAUAUAAAAAUGAGGACGUUUGAUAGAUAUCAUAGAUGAUCGAACUCAUCACUUUGAAAUAUGCAAUCGAAAUAGCUUUCCAAAGACAAUUUAGUCGGCUAGCAAUGUUUUUGUUCAGGCUAUAGCGAUGUAGCCAGCUAGUGCUUUUGUGCAAUAUAUUGCUUGCAUACUAGCGGCCUUGAUUUUUUGAUCGAUAAUGCAAUCUGCUGCCUACUUUUGCAAACAUUUCAUGUACAAUAUGCAGUUCGUAUACAUGUGCAAUAGUUCACCUGUGUGACAUUCUCAUGACACCCGAGGCCUAACCAACUCGGGAGGGGAGGAAUUUCCUGGGGAACUCGUUGGUGACAUCAGAGCUUCCCUUUCUUCAGACAGAGCCAUACUUUGUUCCGACAGGAUGAUGGCCAAAGAUGUUGGUCUGAUGGAAACCAAUGGAGAACUGAAGGUUUUUAUUGACCAGAAUCUGAGUCCUAGUAAAGGUGUCUUGUCUCUGGUUGCUGUCCAUCCUGCAUCCGUCCCUGUGGCCAAACAACUACUGCCCAAAACACUGGGGCUCUCCAAUGUCAACAUUGCUCCACACAUGGUUAUUGGUACGCCCCAGAGGCCCAGUGUUUCCAGUGCCAUACUGGUGAACAGCCCUCACACACCCAGCUCCCAGUUCCUCACACAGAGCCAGCCGGCCGACGCGUCGCCUUGGUCAUCGGGGAAGCGUGGUAAGAAGGGGGAGAAGAAUGGCAAGGGCCUGAGGCAUUUCUCCAUGAAGGUGUGUGAGAAGGUGCAAAAGAAGGGUGUCACCUCGUACAAUGAGGUGGCAGAUGAGCUGGUGGCGGAGUUCAGCGCUGCAGACAACCACAUCUCCCCCAAUGACUCUCAUGUGUAUGACCAGAAGAACAUCCGUAGGCGUGUGUACGACGCGCUCAAUGUGCUUAUGGCCAUGAACAUCAUCUCUAAAGAGAAGAAAGAGAUCAAGUGGAUUGGUCUGCCCACCAACUCGGCCCAGGAAUGCCAGAACCUAGAGGUGGAGAGACAAAGGCGCCUGGAGAGAAUCAAGCAGAAGCAGUCACAACUCCAAGAGCUUAUAUUACAGCAAAUAGCCUUUAAGAACCUGGUGCAGCGGAACCGACAGACGGAACAGCAGACCAACAGACCUCCACCCCCCAACUCUCUCAUCCACCUCCCCUUCAUCAUUGUCAACACUAGCAAGAAGACUGUCAUCGACUGCAGCAUCUCCAACGACAAGUUUGAGUACCUGUUCAACUUUGACAGCAUGUUUGAGAUCCACGACGACAUUGAGGUGCUGAAGCGUAUGGGCAUGGCCUGUGGCCUGGAGGUGGGCAAGUGUUCCCCGGAGGACCUGAAGGUGGCGCGUAGCCUGGUGCCCAAAGCCCUGGAGCCCUACGUCACAGAGAUGGCCCAGGGCCCCAUCAGUAACGUCUACAUCACUGGAGGAUCCUCCACCAACGGGGGGCGCCAUCACGGCCAGGGCAGUGACAGUGGUGCAGAUGGUACCCUGGCCUCCAGCUCUAAUGACUCUCACUACAGCGGCUCCCGUGUUGAGACCCCUGUGUCGUACAUGGGGGAUGAUGACGAGGAGGAUGACUAUGAUGAGAAUGACGACGAAGAUUAACCUCCUGCCACUCCACGCAUUUCUCAUCUCCAACAUGCAGUCUGUCUCUGCAUCUCUCUCUGUAUCGCUUUCUCUCAAGGGCGUUGAAGAAUGUUUGAGUAUGGAGGCUGUGCAACCCUCUUCUCAGAGCGGGGUCCUGAAUCACAUGGUAGCCAAUGGCUCUCUGGGAAGUGUAGUUUAUGGCUUUGGCACUGCUGCGUCCUUUGUGUAUUAUCACCCUCUUCUUGGCAAGCCAUCCCACUCGAGAAUAAAGCUACAACAAAAAAUCUUCCAGCCAACUCAUUGCUGUUGGAGAAUGUAUAGUGUUCCUUGUGUGUGAAAUAGUUAUCUUUAUUAUGUUUUGAUUACGUUGGAGAGACUCAAUGGUGAACCACUGUUUCAAGAUGGCUGCCAGUGUAACUGCACCAGACCGCUGGCUCAGAGACAUUCACUGGAUCCAAAAUGGCUGAUUUAGUUGCCACAACGCCCUAAGAAAGAUUGAAACUGCCCUUUUGAAAGUGUGGACACUAUUUUGUUAUACCUCCCCUCCCCUGCUAUUUGUGGCAUUUGAUUUCAAGCAGAGCAUUUGUAUCUGCUCCCCACAGUUCUGUAGGCAGCUGCUUUUCUGGUCCUUGAUUUUGGAGCGUUUUAGCAGCGACUCAAUCCCUCAGACCCUGUCACACCGUGGUGGUGUUUACAAAUGACUGGAACCAGCGAAGAAAAUAACUCCUACCCACGCUAACUAUAGGACAAUGUUAGGCUUUGUUUGUGAAAUGUAAACGGAUCCUGUGAAGAUUGUAGUUUAUAGCAUCCUUCACAGGUCAGUUGCGGAAGGAAGGCCUGGACAUGAUCCAUGUAUCAAAUAUGUGGGUUGUGUAGGUCUCUAUGGACUCACUUCGAAGAUCUCCUUUUUCAAACUGAACAACCCAUGUACUGAUUCUUCCAAAAUACCUUUUCUGUAAUCUAAUAUAAGUUUGAAAAUUAAAUAUAGAGAAUGUUUUAACAA